AUGGACACAGGACCCACAGAGGUGCCUGAGGUGAUCCUGGUGAAUUUUGUAAGGCCUGACCCAUUGGAGGUCAAUAUGGAGUUUAUUGAAGUUGCCAAGGUGAAUGGCCAGGUGACUCCCAGUUUACAGAGCUUUGCUGGGAAAUUCCCCCCAGCCAGGCGGAGUCUGACCCCCAGCUCCUCAGCGGCCAGGGCAGUUACUGCUGACCCGGUGCAGCCCAACACCACAGGGAGAGGGGACCCGGAAGGCCUAAGAGCUGCCAGACAGUACACUGAGAAACCUGAACUACGGAUUGUUCUUGUUGGUAAAACUGGAUGUGGGAAAAGUGCAACAGGAAACUCCAUCCUCGGUGAGAAUCUGUUUGAGUCUAAAAUUACAGCACAAUCAGUAACAGCGACGUGUAAGAUGGAGAGCAGGGAUUGGAAUGGCAGGAACAUUGCAGUCAUUGAUACGCCUGGUCUUUUUGACACAAAAAUUCCUUUAAUAGAAACUAUGGAAGAAAUAGGGCGUUGUGUGGUAGUCUCCACCCCAGGGCCCCAUGCUAUAGUUCUGGUGAUGCAGUUGGGUCGUUUCACUGAAGAAGAGAAAAAAACAAUUAAAAGAAUACAAGACAUUUUUGGGGAAAACGCUGUUGAGUACAUGGUCUUCUUGUUCACCAGAAAAGAUGACUUAGAUGGUUGUACUUUAGAUGAAUAUUUAAAAGCUAUGGAUGACAAAGAUCUUGAGAAGUUGAUGAAAAAGUGCGGGGAUCGAUGCUGCGCUUUCAACAACAAAGCAGAAGGACAGGAGCAGGAAGCCCAGAUUUCAGAGCUGAUUGAAAUGACUGAUAAGAUGGUUUACCAGAAUGGAGGCUCACAUUAUACUAAUGCCAUGUAUGAAUAUGCUCAGAAGAAACUUCAAGAAAAAAUCGAGACGCUCAGAGAACUCUAUGAGGAAGAGAAGGAAAAAAAGAAAAGAAAAGUGGAAUCUCAGUAUGAGGAGGAAUGUAAGAAAAUAGAUGAGAAAUUACAGAAAGAAGACUCAUCUAAUGAAAACACUUUGAAACAACAGAAAGAGGACGAGAGACAAAAAUUGGAAAAAGCUUUAGAGAAAAUAAAUAUCCACUAUGAGGCACAGCUACGUGAACUCAGGAAAAAAGCUGCCGAGGAUGUUAAUAUAAUAAAAGCUAUUUUAAAACAAUUCUCUUCUGUAUUUUCAAAAAUGAAACGCUGGUUUGAAUAA